UUCUCGAUUCAAAACUCCAAGCUCCUCUCCUCUCCCCUCCCCACCACCCCCCUCCACCGACGCCAUGGCGUCGCCUCGCUCUCAUGAUCGAUCCGACGUCCGCGACCCGCUGCUGGACAUGGUCUUCCAGGCGGCCUCCGACGACAACCUCCCCCGCUUCAAGGCGCUGGUCAUGAUGCUGGACAUGGGCAGGGGCCGCCCCAAGGAGGCGAUUGAGGAGUUGAGGGUGGAAGAUGAUGCGAAGCUUCAAGGUUUCAGUGCGCUGCACAUCGCGGCCAGUAGAUGUAGUCUUGAGGUGUGCAGGUACCUCGUCGAGGAGCUGCUGAUAGAUGUGGAUCUGGUCGACAAGGAAGGUAGAACACCUCUGUUGUUUGCAAAAUACCACAAUGGGCGUACUGCCGAGUAUCUUCUUGAUCAUGGCAUUUGUGAAAUGAUAGAGCUUUUGCUUGCAAAAGGAGCUUAUGUUGACCCGGUAUCUGCUCGUGGAACACCACUUCAUGUUGCUGCUGGUGGAGGGCAUUAUGGUGCUAUGAAGAUUUUGUUGGACCACAAUGCAGAUGUUUUAGUACCGUCUCUUAUUGAUGGCUACAUUGCUUUGUUCUCAACAGUAUUCAGGGCCGAUGCAGAGAUGAUUUUUGGUGAUGAGUUGGGCCGCUUCUGGCUUAAAGGCCGGGUGAGCACCCAUGAUGAAGCUGCCGAGUCGGAUAGUUUGCCCUAA